GUCGAACACGCGUAAACACCCUGGUCUUUGGAUUUUUGCAAGGUGUGUGUCUUUCUACGGCCACGUUCGACUGCAUGACCGCCUUGCUUGAAGAAUGGACUUCGAUCUCAUUGUCCGCAACGGCAACAUGGUCACAGCCUCGGAUAUUUGGUACGAAUGCGACAUCGGCAUCAAGGAUGGGAAAAUACUGGCCGUUGGACAUGGUCUUCUUCCCACGCAUGACGGUACAGAAAUCCUCGAUGCUGAGGGAGCAUAUAUCACACCCGGCGGUAUCGACACGCAUGUCCAUCUCAACCUGGCGAAUUACACGAACGACACUUACGAUACCGGGACACGCAGUGCCGUCGCUGGAGGCACGACCACGGUCAUUACUUUCGCAAGCCAGCUUCGCAACGAUGAGAGUCUGGUGCCGGUGCUGGAAGAGUAUUCUAAGCUCGCAGACGGUCAAUCGUACUGCGACUAUGGCUUCCACAUGAUCCUGUCCAAUCCGACAAAACAUGUCCUUGAGGUGGACCUUCCCAUGAUGGUGGACAAGUAUGGCAUCACCAGUGUCAAGAUAUACAUGACAUACAAAGCCUUUCAGCUGCGAGAUUACGAGAUCUUGGACGUCAUGCAUGCCGCCAGGAGACUCGGGAUCACAACCAUGGUCCACGCCGAGAACGCCGACGUUAUUGACUGGAUGACCGAACACCUGGAAGCCCAGAAUAUGACCGCCCCGUACCACCAUGGUACGUCGAGACCGCCGGUCGUGGAAGCGGAGGCAACAAAUCGAGCCAUUGUUCUCGCAGAGCUGAUGGACACGCCAAUCUUGCUUGUUCAUAUCUCGGGCGGCCAAGCAACCCGGGUCAUUCGGGAAGCGCAGACCCGACUCUUACCCGUACACGGGGAGACAUGUCCUCAAUAUCUCUUUUUGCUGGCCGAAAGCAUGAAGCAGGAGGGUUUUGAAGGCGCAAAAUGUGUCUGUUCACCUCCAAUCAGAGAAGAACCUGCCGAUCAGGACGCUAUUUGGACUGGGAUCAAGAACGGCACAUUUACAACGUUGUCGUCAGACCAUGCGCCCAUCAAGUUUGACCAUCCCCUAGGUAAGCUUCGCGGUUUGGAGCACGGAGGCGGGCCCCAGGGCAAGUUCCAAUAUAUUCCCAAUGGGCUUCCUGGCGUCGAAACGAGGGUUCCGUUGCUUUGGUCAGGAGGUGUGCUCGCAGGCCGCAUCACUCCUCAGAAAUUCGUCGAAGUCACCGCGACCAAUCCGGCCAAGUUGUACGGGUUGCCUAACAAGGGGACCAUCGGCCCCGGCUUCGAUGCAGAUUUGGUGAUAUGGUAUCCUCAAGAAAAGUUCAAGCCCUUCAAACUGACAAAUGAAAUGUUGCACCAUGCCAUUGACUACACACCCUUCGAGGGUGUAGAGUUCAAGAAUUGGCCCAGGUACACUCUUGUAAGGGGGAAGGUGGUGUUCAAAGAAGGAGAUGUUGUUGGCAAGUUGGGCUAUGGAAAGUACCAGCGGCGGACCAAAAGUACAUUGAGUGCGCCGAGAAACCAAUUCCUCAGUGAAUGGAGGCCUGUAUAUGCGAUGAAUUAG